AUGAGGAUCCAUAGUCUCUUAUUAAUCGCUUUGUUCUGUAAAGUGUGUUACGGAAAGGGUGGUAACAUACCAGAAAACACUCAUGCAAAUUUACAGGAUUCUCAACAUAAUGUAGCCGAGGGGCCAGAGACUGUAGAGGAAUCUAAUUGUAAGAAAGUAGAUGUUAAUGCCAAAGGCCCUAGAGAUUGUUUAGAGGCACAAAAUUCCCCUGAAGCUACUGGACAAGAAUCUACAGAGGUUGUAAGGCCUUUAAGCCCUUUCCUAUACAAGGUUGAUUCAUCGCUAUUUGAUGCAGAAGGAAAUGAGGAAGAUGGUGUUUCGGUCAUUAAACUAACAGCCAAGGAGGGUACUUCUGCAAAGGAGCUCAAGUAUGGUGGAAAGGACAUAUGGUCUGCUACUAAGAUAGUUGGUUCUCCUUGUUCAUCAGCAGUACUGUACUUUGAUGGUGAUAUUCCAGUUCUAGCAAUCCUAAAAACGAAGAAUCUUCUUGGUAAGAAAGGCGUUGUCUAUAAGUACCAUGAUGGAAAGCAGUGGAAGGAUACUAAUGAAGAUGACCAUAAAAAUAAGUUGACUGCUCUAAAGAAUAAGUAUAAACACGCAAAACCUGCUACUCUUGAUCUUUCUAAUCCAGAUCAAUCCAAUAUAAAUGUAGAAGAACAAACUUUUGGUGAAGUCUUACUCAAAAGCUAUUUUCCAAAGAAGGAUCAUCAUAUAUCCUCUGUUAUGGAGGGAGAAGUAGAAGUCUGGAAGGUAGAUGAUCCAAACACAAAGUGCAAACUUGUAAGGGGGUAUGCUAAGGAGCCUACCAAAGUUAUCUACUUGGAAGUUGAGAGUAGUGGUACUAAGUCUAGAUACUUUGAGAAACUGGAUGGAGCAUGGAAUGAGCUCAAGAAGGAUCAGUUUUAUGAGAAAGCAAAGGCAUUGAUUGGAGAAUCUGGAAAGAACGCUUCUCUAAAUAUCUCUCAUCCAAGUAGAAUACUGUGCCAAUCCUUCGACUAUACUUUCGCUGGUAAUGCCAUAAGACUCAUUGUUCCUAGUAAGAGCGUUUCUGUUACGAAGCUAAUGAGUGGUACUGAAGAGGUUUAUACUCUUUCAUCCGAAGAGGAAUUUGAUCAUGCCAGAGUAUACCUUAACAAGGAUAAGAAACCUGAGUUAGUCCUUGUAGUAACUACUUCAUCUGGUGCUUCUAAGGAAACUUACUUUGAGCUAAAGGGUGGUAAAUGGGUAUCCUGUAGUAAUCAUGGAGAGAGGAUGAGGAGCUUAGUGGUUACCACUAAGUGGGAGUCAGACUUUACCAUGGAUAUUUCCUUAGCCAAUAGCACUGAUCAAUGCACUAUUUUCCAAGUCGACCUCCUGGGAGUCACCACUAAACACCUUUAUCCAAAGGCUAAAUAUACUGUAAAUAAAGUAAAGAGUGGCACUAAUGAAUUAUGGACUGGUAACGUGCAUUCUUCCAGAAAGGGACAAAUAACUUUGAAUGACUACUGCAGUUAUUGCAUCAUUCACAAACAUGGGAAUAUGGAACUACUAGAAAUGAUUACAGUGGAAAGAUUAUCAGAAAGAAACAGGUACUUUGAAAAAGGCGCUGAUGGAACAUGGAAUGAGACUGACAAGACGGUUUUUAAUGACAAGAUCAAGGAGAUGAGGAAUGGUACUCCAGAUCCUAAUCCUCAGUCUAAUUAA